GCGCGUGCGGCGGCUGCUGUCGCUGAGGCUCGGCGUCCUCUACACCCCCGUGAGCCUGGGGAACCUGCAGCCGAAAGCCGCCGCCAGCCACAGCACCAUGUACCCCGGCAACAAGCGGAAAAAGCUCUGGCGGGAGGAGAAAGAACGUUUGCUGAAGAUGACCUUGGAAGAAAGACGCAAAGAGUACUUAAGGGGAUACGUUGCACUGAAAGAUAUUCCAACGUGGAUGGAAGAAAUGAGAAGCAAGAAUGAAAGUGAUGGUGAGAAUGCUAAAGAAGAUGUGCAGGGGAAGAGAAGUCUGAGUGAGAAAGUGUCUCUGUACAGAGGUGACAUCACGCUGCUCGAGGUUGAUGCCAUCGUUAAUGCAGCUAAUUCCAGCCUUCUUGGAGGUGGAGGAGUGGACGGCUGUAUACACAGAGCUGCUGGGCCCUGCUUACUUGCUGAAUGCCGCAACCUGAGUGGCUGUGAGACUGGACAAGCAAAAAUUACGUGUGGAUAUGACCUACCAGCAAAAUAUGUGAUCCAUACAGUUGGGCCGAUAGCAAGAGGGCAUCUCACUGAUACUCAUAAAGAAAAUUUGGCAAGUUGCUAUAAAUCUUCUCUGAAACUGGCAAAAGAAAACAGCAUCAAAUCACUUGCAUUCCCCUGCAUUUCGACGGGAAUUUAUGGUUUUCCAAAUGAGCCUGCUGCUGUCAUUGCCCUUAACACUACUAAGGAAUGGUUAAGCAAGAAUCGCAAUGAGGUGGAUCGUAUCAUCUUCUGCGUCUUUUUGGAGGUUGACUACAAAAUUUUCAAGAAGAAAAUGGGCGAGAUUUUCCCUAUAGAUGACAAUGAAGAGACUGAAAUAAGUGAAGAGACAGAAGGACUGGAACAAAAAAGCCAGCCUCUGUCUCCCACAAAGUGCAAGGCAGAGCAGGCUGAAGAUGUGCAAGAUGAUGUUGAAGGUGGUAACAGCGCAAAGGAGAAGCAAAGUGUUGAAGAAACCGUGGGCCCAAGCCAGGAAGCAGAUGAGACAAAACCUUCCGCUGUAGCCAGCCUAUCAUCAUCAGAAGAAGCAAAGCCUAGUGAGGAUAAAGACUCUCUGAAAGUCUCCAAAGGCACGAGGGAGAGUGACCCAGCACAUCCUGUGGGGUGUGAACAAGAUCAAGCCCAAGGACAACAGGAGGAUGCUGUGGAGGAGGAGAUGAAAACCGGGGCAGAUUCCCAAAGCUCCUGCAUGGAAAUAGAAGAGCCAUUGUUGAACCAAGGAGACACAACAGAAGAAGAGAAACCUUUGAUUCCCAGAGCAGAGGAAAAAGAAAAAGAAGGAGGAGGAGUACAAGAAGAAGAAGGAGGGAUGCAAGAGCAAGAGGAAACUUCUGCAGAGCCUAUGAAGGUUGAACUUGCAUGUGAAGCAACAGAAGCUUCGAGUAAUGACGCUGAAAUGGAUAAUCAAGUUGAAAGUAUAAAAGAUCCAAUGGAAACUGUGCCAGAAGCUUAACUAAUAGGACGAAAGAAGGAUGCAGGAGACAAGAGACCCGACAAAACCCAAAGGGCAGAAGCUGACAUCCUAUGGCAUCAUUCUUGGCAGAAGAGAGCACACAGAGGUGCUCGGUGGGUUGGGAGGGAGGGAGCUUUGGGGAAAUGACUCUUUGCUUUAAUUUCUCUUUGUUCUUCAUUGCGUUUUGUUCUGUAAACCUGUUGGAAAGAAACACAGUUUCCCAGUUCUGAUGAUGGUUUGCAAUUAUUCCUGCAAUUACAACAGUUACUUCUGAAUGACAAGUCCCUGUGUUAUAUCGGGUCUCUUUUCCUCCUCCAUCAUAUUGUUAGCCCGUCUUCAGGUCCACCCCUUUUCUAGCAUCUUUAUCUUCCUCCCCAGUUCUGAUACUGUCUGCAGGCAACUUGUGGGAGCACGUUUAUUCCCUGCCCCCCCCGCCCUGUUUUUUUAAACUGUUCCCUAGGAUACCAAUGGAGAUUUGCUUUAAGAACAUGAACUGCCACAAAGGAUUAUAAUCUACACGCACCAAUAAACAACAUCCCUCCUCGUGCUAGGGAUUUGAAAGAAGAGACUCUCCAAAAUCUCAGAUAUAUUGACAGAGACAGCCCUGCACAUCGCCUGCCUCCCAGCUUGUCGAUCAGCAGCUCCUGGCAACUUUUCUUAAUGCAGAGCAGUCAGCAGCUCCCAACCCAGUUGCUUGAAGAGUCAGUGGCCGGACUCUGAGGGCGCGCCGUAGGCAGAGCCUGCACAUUAACACUAUCUUCUCACUUACCUGCUGCCUCAGUAUUUCCCCUGCCUCUACUUUUUGCAAGCCCAAAGGAGAUCUCUGAGGUGCAAUAAAGCUAAACGGUGACAAGCCUGCACCAUGCCAUGCCCCUCCACAGAUCUUGGGUGCAAAUAACGCAUGGCCUCAGUCAGUACCCCAGAUCAAUCUGCCUCUUUUCCAGAGAGGUCUGUGCAUGUCAAAAUCCAUGUGCCAUAAGUACAACCUUCACGUUGGGGCAGGCAACACGUUUCCUGGAAUCUGUGAGCAAAGGAGGAUAGCAGGCAUUCUGCAUUUAAAACAUCUUUAAGUAUGGCUUCUGGCUUUAACAGCUUCACACUGUAUCUCAUGUGAGCCCUCAUUAUAUUUCCCACUGCAUAUACAUGAUUUUUUUAAAUUAAAAAAAAUCAAUUAACAGUUAUUUGGAUAAGAAUGUCUUACCAUAUGUCAACUGGUCUGCCAGCAAAUGCCACACAGAAAUGUUUAGAAGAGGAACAAAAGGAUUUUACGUACAGUUCUGUGCUACACUGCAAAUGAAACUAGUAGAAGAUACGCACAACGGAAGAGCACACAACCUGUCCCCGGGCUACAAACCAUAUUUCAAAAUGCCAUGGAUAAUAAUUGGAUCCUUUUAAAUAAAGUAGCUGUGGUGGUCUCUCUUUCCCAAUCCUGAAUAGGCACUAAUCCCAAAUCAAUUAUUUACUACUAAAAAACAAGGCAAGACAUUUUCCAAGAUGUGGAAGGAUGUCCAUCCUCCUGUGAUCUAUGUUUAUCCCAGGUAUAGGAGCUUUGGCGAUAAAUUCUCCUCCAGCAUAACAGCAAGUAAGCUGUGUCCCUACGGAAUAUAGCAUCAGCUAUGGCACUUGAUGGCUGCUGUCUGCUGCAGGUUGAUUUGGAAGAGUGUCAAGACAAACAAGGAUUAGAAAAGAAAACAACAAAGGCUCCAGAUUUCCCCAUGAGAGCACGCACAGCUCCUAGGAACACUGCCUCCUUUCACCUUGUGUAUGGCUCCAGCACAUUUGCUUUUUGUGGUAUCUUUGGUGGAUGAAUAUUUCUGCGUGCCAGCUCCUGUGGCAUUUUGCACCAUAUGGAUGUCAUGCCAGAGAAGAUCUCAAGGAGAUUCUUCAUCAUACAGUUCUUCUGGAGAUUAGUGGAUACUUGGAGUUGGGUCAGCUUUAGAAGCAACAUCAUAAGCCUUUUAAUCUGUCUUAUACUCUUGCUAGUUUUCCUAGAGAGAGAAAUACCCUCUAGCUCUACAUUUUGGACUAUAUUCACUUUGAAGCCACUCUUCUGUUUCUCUUUCUCAUCCCUGUUAGCUUGCCAGAUGCAAAAAAAUGCAUCUUCUAGGACAUGGAUAUUUUCCUAAUGUUCCUUCACUUUUCCAGCAGAUUCCAGUUUUGUAGAUAAUGGCUUUGCAAACAGUGCAUCUCUGCAAUGCACAUCCCUUUCUAUGUGUCUUCUGUACUUGCUGAUUUUGAUUUAAACAGCCUGUCAUAAAAGAAGGUGGAAGAGUGGGAGGAAGAGGAAAGAAUGCAUCAGGUAUCUCUCGCCGCAGUUCCUCCGUUAAUGCUGUCUCUGUGAAAAGACAAAGAUCAAAGGGAUCCAUUUCUCUGGGAAUGUGAGGGAACUGCCUCCAUAUGUCAUGGAUUAGAUAGGGAAAGUUCAUCUUUGAAUUGAUCAAAAACAUGGAAGACAACCGAGAUUGCCAGGUCCUCAGCUGGGGUAAACUAGCCUCAACAGAGCUGUCACAUAUCCCUCAAGCAUUUGCUAGCCUUGUUUUUAGCAAGGAGGCUGGCCAUAGAAGCACAACUGUUUGGAGACAAAGGCUCAUCUAAGUCCUUGCAAAGACCAACUGAAAUAAAGAACAAUAAGUAACUGCAAAAAUGCCUCAUGUUAGACAUGAUAUUUAUAACCUUUGACAGUAAUUUCAUUGCACUCUUCAUUCAGCCUUGGUCUCUGAAUGGCAGCAAGCCUCUGAAGCUGGGAAAGGUUCUCCUGAAGACGCAGCAGCAAGUGUGACGUUUAGAAGUGUAGGAAGUGUUGAAUAAAUAAAUGUAUGAGUUGAUUAAAUCCUUGCAGGGCGAUCUUCAGAUAGGUCUCUCUCUUUCUUCCAGUGGAUUUUCAUUUUGUUAUGGCUUCUUUCAUUUUUCACUCACAUAGAGUGGGCAGAGUUGGGUGGUGUGAGUUCCUCAGUUGGGUUUGCUGGUUGCAGCUGGGCCCACGCUCCUCCACACAGUCUCUGCCGAUGUGACAGGAAGUAUAGAAAUGUGGGAGCUGGUACCUGGCAUAGAGGGGAAGCCCCUGCCUGUUGGUGUCUGCAUGCAAGGUAUCAGACUCUGCUUUAACGUUGCAGCUCCUAUUUCUGAAAGUGUGGUCCCUGCUGUGAGGCUCGCUGAUCCUCCAGCCAGUGACUGCUCCAAUGAUGGGCAGGUUUCCUUCCACGCCGACCUCCAAAGAAGAUGUCUGAGACAUCAUCUGUAAUGCUGGGUCACACAUUCACUGCAGCUAAUUGCAAAUCUUUCUAUAAAGCACUGAAAAAGCCUCAUUGUGAAUUAACACUGUUCUGCUUUAUGCACUUGAUCAAAAGGAAAAAAAAAAGACAUUUCUCUAUAUGCAGUGCAUGCCUGCUUUGCUUUCAAACCGACAAACUUAGCAGAGUAUGUCGGAUCUAUUUUCUCGGGGAAGAGGGGUUUUUAUCAUACAAUUCAUCUGGGAUUUGCCUUACCCUGACAUUUGUGAUAUAAAGGAAGAAGUUUUAAAAAAAAAGAAAAAGUAAUUUUCUUGAUCAAAAAUAUGUUUUUACUUAAAUGCAAAGAAAUGUAGACUGUUGCUUGCAAAAUGUCUUCUAAUAGAUGGUAUAACAGCUAUAUAGACUAAUCCAUGCCUCUUUUGUUACUCUGUUGUUUAUGUGCAGAAUUCGCUUCCCAGUCUGUUGUUUUUCCUUUUUGUCCAUGCCAUACAACAGAAAACUUAAGGAAUCGAUGCCUUCACACAUUUGUUUGUUAAAGCAAAACCUUAAUAAAACUUGUUCUGAAGACAA